UGCUGCUGCAGCCCAGCGCUCAGCCUGGAACAGAUCGGAUCUCACUCUCCGGAGCCGAGCGCCGAACGAACGUGCCCACCACGAGGCCAGACAUCUGACUGUGCCGGUGUGAGAACAGUGCCCCUUGGGUGGUCUCUGAGCCAUGGAGAUACCCCGACAGACAGAGAUGGUGGAGCUGGUGCCCAACGGCAAACACUUGGAGGGGCUUCUACCAGUGGGCGUGUCCACAACAGACACACAGAGGGCUGAAGACCUCCAACACUGUGCAGAAGGCAAGGGCUUCCUGCAGAAAAGCUCCAGCAAGGAGCCACACUUUACUGACUUCGAGGGGAAGACAUCAUUUGGGAUGUCCGUGUUCAACCUCAGCAAUGCCAUCAUGGGCAGCGGCAUCCUGGGGCUCGCCUACGCCAUGGCCAAUACUGGCAUCAUCCUUUUCCUGUUCCUUCUGACAGCUGUUGCCCUGCUGUCUAGCUACUCCAUCCACCUGCUCCUCAAGUCUUCGGGGAUCGUGGGCAUCCGCGCCUACGAGCAGCUGGGCUACCGUGCCUUUGGGACUCCGGGGAAGCUGGCAGCAGCCCUGGCCAUCACUCUGCAGAACAUUGGAGCCAUGUCCAGCUACCUAUACAUCAUCAAGUCUGAGUUGCCUCUUGUCAUACAGACCUUUCUGAAUCUGGAGAAGCCAACCUCGGUGUGGUACAUGGAUGGCAACUACCUUGUGAUCCUGGUAUCUGUCACCAUCAUUCUGCCCCUAGCCCUAAUGCGGCAGCUUGGCUACCUAGGCUACUCCAGUGGUUUCUCUCUCAGCUGCAUGGUGUUCUUCUUGAUCGCAGUCAUCUACAAGAAGUUCCAAGUUCCCUGCCCAUUGGCGCACAGCUUGGCCAAUGCCACAGGCAACUUCAGCCACACGGUGGUACUGGAGAAGGCAGAGCUACAGGACGAGCCUGAGGCUGCAGCCUUCUGUUCCCCAAGCUACUUCACACUCAACUCACAGACAGCGUACACCAUCCCCAUCAUGGCCUUCGCCUUCGUCUGCCACCCUGAGGUGCUGCCCAUAUAUACAGAGCUGAAGGACCCCUCCAAGAAGAAGAUGCAACACAUCUCCAACCUGUCCAUUGCUGUCAUGUAUGUCAUGUACUUCCUGGCUGCCCUCUUCGGCUACCUCACCUUCUAUGACGGGGUGGAGUCGGAGCUGCUGCACACCUACAGCAAGGUGGACCCGUUUGACGUGCUGAUCUUGUGUGUGCGCGUGGCUGUGCUGAUAGCUGUCACACUUACAGUGCCAAUCGUUCUGUUCCCGGUACGGCGCGCCAUCCAACAGAUGCUGUUUCAGAACCAGGAGUUCAGCUGGUUGCGGCACGUGCUCAUCGCCACUGGCUUGCUUACUUGCAUCAACCUGCUCGUUAUCUUUGCCCCCAACAUCUUGGGCAUCUUUGGAGUCAUUGGCGCCACAUCUGCUCCGUGCCUCAUAUUCAUCUUCCCCGCCAUCUUCUACUUCCGAAUCAUGCCCACUGAGAAGGAGCCUGCAAGAUCCAUCCCUAAAAUCCUGGCCCUUUGCUUCGCUGCCGUCGGCUUCUUGCUGAUGACCAUGAGCUUGAGCUUCAUCAUCAUCGACUGGGUCUCAGGGACCAGCCAGCAUGGAGGACACCAUUAGGAUGGCUCCCAUCUUGCUCUGUCUAUUCAUCCUAGCAUCCCGCCCUCACUCUCCAGCCCCUGCUCCCAGCCAGGGGGUCAGUAAGGGGAGAAAGACACUGUAAAUACUCUGGCAUUUGGCUCCACCCAUAUCCUCUCCGUUGGAAGGUUUUUGUUGAAGAGCCAGGACCAAGGCCCUUGGACCACCCCCCUGCUGGGCUCCAGAGCUGCAGGGGCUUCCUGAGCUAGGAACAGGGUGGGGCUGAGGCCUCAGAUCCCACCGAAACCCUCCAUCCUGCUCCCACAGCUGUGUACACUGAGGCCCAGCAGCCACCUCCUGAGGUCACACAGGCUGUGGGGGCACAUGGAGCCAGAAGCCAGGCCUGAAGACAUCCCCCAGCCCUGCCAGGCAGCCAUAGGCUACACCCACAAGGCCCAUCUACCCCAGCCUGCUGAUCUCCCAUGCCCUUCUCCAACACUUGGGCCCAAAAUCCAGGAUACUCUUGUCCUUUUCUUGAGUCUCCUUCCUAGGAGGAGACCCUAUCCUACCCCGUAUCUGGGGUUGGUAUGUAACCCACGGGAUCCCUGCUGUGGACCUUCACCAGUCCUGGGGAGGCUGGGACUCCCACACCUCAAGCCUGGGCCAUGACUUACAUUCCACUGCUGGGAGAAGGGAGGCUGGGCCCAGAGAGUACCCUGCCCUUGGGAAUCAAAGACCCCAGCAGCCAGACUGGCACACAGAUGGGGAGGCUGGCCUUUUAUAAAUAUUAUACGUAAGA